AGAGCUCAAACAACAUUAACUACAAAUUUAUUUUAAGCUGCAACAAUAUGUUGGACUACUACAAAGUAUUGAAUGUGGCGCGUAAUGCCAGCGAUAGUGAAAUCAAAAAGGCCUAUAAAAAAUUGACGCAGAAAUGGCAUCCUGCCAAGAAUCCAGACAAUUUGGAGGAGGCAAACAAACGCAUUCGGGAACUUUUCAAGGCCUAUAAAGUGCUGUCAAAUGAAAAGAAACGCCGCAUUUACGACAAGUAUCUCAAAAAGGAAAAAGAGGAUCAGGCCCAAAACCAAAGUGAAAGCGAGCACUUUCAUGACACUGCACAUAACUUAAUGGCUGGCACUCCGUUUGAGUUCAGACCCAUGACCUAUGACAGUAACUUCUUCAGAGAUCGCCAUGCCGAAAUCUUAAGAGAUGCCAAUGUCCGUUCACAAUCGAAUGGCGCCACAAGCAGCCGCAGCCAAAUUAAUUUUAGUCGCAGCGCCACUGAUCUAAAUAUUAACAUUAAUUGCAACAAAUAUUUGAUCCUCUUGGAUGAGUACUAA